UAAUAUUGUCUAAUUAUAAACAUAACACAUGUGAUUGACGUUAUCAUACCAUUUUAAAUGGUUAAUUUUCCUUAUAUUUUCUUAACUUGUUUAAAAUAAGGUAUAAUAAUGACUAUAUUUCACGAUGAAAUAGAAAUCGAAGAUUUCGAAUACGACGAAGACGAUGAUAUGUAUUAUUAUCCGUGCCCAUGCGGGGAUAGGUUUCAAAUAAGUAAGGAGGAGCUGAUGGCGGGUGAAGAAGUUGCCACAUGCCCCAGUUGUUCUCUUGUUGUUAAAGUUAUAUAUGACUUAGAAAAGUUCAAGGCUGAAGCUGAAGAAGUACAGAGUGAAUGCAAAGAAAAGGAAACAAUUAAAGUUUAAUAUGAUAGCGUCAAUAUAGCUAUAUAAUAGCUGUGAAAGUAUUAACGGUUAUGUUUGAAAGAGAUGCAUCACAAAGAGUGGUCAAGUCAUUCUGUUGAUGAGGUGUUCAGUACUGUGAUGGCACUGACAUGUGAUAACACAAAUAAAUACCAGUUAUAUGUGA